AUUUAGUAUAUAAGUCUCCGAAUGGUAUCGGAUCAUCAUUCCAAUAACAUCUCUUUACUUAUACAGUGAUUUCGACGUUUUAAAGAAUAUAUCAGGAGAUCGAAGCAGUCAUGAAGCUAUUCUUGGUUGGUGUUAUAUUUGCUGUGUCAGCAUUUGCUGAACCACCAGUUAACAACAGGUAUCUCCCUCCCUCUCAGUCCUAUGGCGUUCCUGGUUUUGGAGGACAGAGACAGACGGAUGCUAUUUUCAGAAAUCGUCCGUCAAGCACAUACAACGCACCCUCCCGUCGGCCUUCCUCAGAAUAUGGACUCCCAAACCAGAUACCAUCUAACCAAUAUGGACCCCCAUCACAGAGUCUGACUAACCAAUACCUGCCGCCGCAAAGCGCACGCCUUUCGCAACCUUCUGCUCAGUAUGGAACCCCUAAUGGGUUUGGUUCUUCUGACUUCGGGGUUCAGUUCGUGACCCCUUCUCAAGAAUACGGUGUUCCUGGGUUUGGUAGAGGUGGUAACCGUCAAUACUCCCAGAAUGGCAAUGGCGCUAACAACGGCUACAACAGAAACCAAAACCGUCAAUACCUUCCCCCCACGCAAGGAGGAUACAACUAUGAUGAUGGAAGCUCUGGGGAGCCCGCAAACUACAGUUUCGAAUACAUGGUGAAAGACGAACCUUCCGGCAACGAUUUUGGUCAUCGCGAGUCGCGUCAAGGAGACAGAGCUGAGGGCUUAUACUAUGUGCUGUUACCUGAUGGCAGGAAACAGACUGUCGAGUACGAAGCAGACCAAAACGGAUACAGACCGAAAAUAUCCUACGAAGACACCGGUUUAGGAGUCGGGGGUUACAACAGAAACACGCAAGCAGGAGGUUACAACCAGAACGCUCAAGGGGGUUACCAGUACUAAAUAUUCUGCAACGGGGGUUCACUUUAAAAAUGCCGGAAUAUAAAUUGAUCUCUCUGGGGGUUUAGAAGGAAUUUGUUAUUGUGAUUUUGAUUGAUUUUUAAAGUGAAAUGGUUAGAUUUUUACCACCUAUUAUUUUUAGUAAUAUAAAUGAA